AGAGGGGCGAGUCCGCCAGCCUUCUGCGCCUGCGCACUCCGCCGCAGGAAGCCAGACUGAUGCAACCGGCUGCCAGCAGCUGCUCUGUAUGAGACAUGGAGGAGAUCAAUGCGGGGACAGCGCAGCUGGGGAUCGCAGAAAUGUAUGUGUCCGAUCGGGAGGGUGAUGACGCUACUGGCGAUGGAACCAAUGAAAAACCGUUUAAAACUGUCCUAAAGGCUAUGCUGACCGUGGGAAAAGAGCCCUUUCCAGUCUUUUACGUUGAUUCCCAGAAGGAGAAUGAGAGGUGGGACGUGAUCUCAAAGACCCAGCUGAAGAACGUCAAGAAGCUCUGGAACCGGGAGCAGAUGAAGAACGAGGCCAAAGAAAAGAGAGAGGCUGAGGACAACCUUAGACGGGAGAAGAAUCUGGAGGAGGCUAAUAAAGUAGUCAUCCAAAAUGACCCCAACCUCCCAGAACCAAAAACUGCAAAGAUUCGGGAGUUGGAAGCGUACCGCGGCCAGAGAGUCAAAGUGUUUGGCUGGGUCCACAGGCUGCGCAGACAAGGAAAAACCUUAAUGUUCAUAGUACUGAGAGAUGGGACUGGUUACCUACAGUGUGUCCUCAACGAUAAACUGUGCCAGUGUUACAAUGGGCUCGUCCUCUCUACUGAAAGCACUGUUGCCGUAUACGGAACCCUUGAGCUGGUGCCAGAAGGGAAACAGGCGCCAGGUGGGCACGAGCUGUGCUGCGAUUACUGGGAACUGAUUGGCUUGGCCCCCGCUGGCGGCGCUGAUAAUGUGAUCAAUGAAGAGUCUGACGUGGAUGUUCAGCUGAACAACCGACACAUGAUGAUCAGGGGGGAGAACAUGUCUAAGAUCUUCAAAGUCCGCUCCACCGUUGUCAACUGCUUCCGCAACCAUUUCUUCGACAGCGGAUACUAUGAGGUGACUCCUCCAACCUUGGUACAAACGCAAGUGGAAGGUGGAUCCACUCUCUUCAAGCUGGACUACUUUGGAGAAGAGGCUUAUCUCACGCAGUCAUCUCAGCUGUACCUGGAGACCUGUAUUCCGGCUCUGGGAGACACCUUCUGCAUCGCACAGUCCUAUCGGGCCGAGCAGUCGAGAACACGGCGGCAUUUAGCAGAAUACACUCACAUAGAGGCAGAAUGUCCCUUCAUCACGUUUGAGGAUUUGCUGAGUCGCCUUGAAGACUUGGUGUGCGAUGUGGUGGACAGAGUGCUGAAGUCUCCAGUAGCCGCACUGGUCAAGGAGCUGCACCCGGAGUUCCAGCCACCUAAACGCCCCUUCAGAAGAAUGAACUACUCCGAGGCCAUCACUUGGCUGAAGGAACAUGAUGUGAAGAAGGACGACGGGACGUACUAUGAGUUUGGGGAGGAUAUCCCAGAAGCCCCGGAGAGACUUAUGACCGACGCCAUCAAUGAACCAAUCUUGCUCUGCCGCUUUCCAGCUGAGAUUAAGUCUUUCUACAUGCCGCGCUGUGCCGAGGACCGGCGUCUCACCGAAUCCGUGGACGUACUCAUGCCCAACGUGGGCGAGAUAGUCGGAGGUUCCAUGCGUAUCUGGGACAGCGAGGAGCUGCUGGAAGGAUACAAGAGAGAGGGGAUAGAUCCUACACCCUAUUACUGGUAUACAGAUCAGCGUAAGUUCGGCACGUGUCCGCAUGGGGGCUACGGUUUAGGUUUGGAGAGAUUCCUUACCUGGAUCCUGAACAGACACCACAUCCGGGACGUAUGUCUGUAUCCGCGAUUCGUCCAGCGCUGUAAACCUUAACCCCCCUCCCCUACCAAUGUCACAGUCCUCCGCCACCAAUCUGUAAGAAUGAUGGGGUCGAGGGAAACUAGUCACCUACCUGCCUGCUGCUGCUGCUUUUAUCCGGACACUUACACAAUCGAAGUGUUCGUAAUUUGUAACGUCACCAUUCAGUUUCAAGUGAUUCUGUCAAAUAUUCAUUCAAUUAAGAUUGCACAGGUUGCCUAGGACGGUAAUCUCGGAUUCCAUUCAUACAUGUGACGUAUUCUUAUUCCGUAACGAUUCCGUACAUUCUGUGUCAAUAUUCCGGUUACUAUGGAUGUCCCUAACGGACCACAAGGCUUACAUCUGUACAUGGUGGGGCAGCCAGUCCUGCAAAGGUUUAAAGAGUUAAUUGUAUGAACAAUCAACACAGUUUAAAGGGGCUGAUUCUCCAUUUUAUAAUUACACCACCAUCCCCAUGUUAUCUAUUCCACACCCAGCUGUCUGUUCCACAUCCAGGCAGUGAGAAUUAAGAGUAACACUCAGACCAUCCAAUGGGAUAUGUGCCACUACGUAAUAUAUCUGUUAUAUGCCGGGGACCGAUCAUAAUAAACUUGUGAAACUGGACUUUAA